AUGGCUUCGCCAGUCUUCGACCACGUCAUCGUCGGUGGAGGGCUUGCGGGAUGCGUUAUUGCCAGUCGCCUAAAGGAGUACAGCGCAGAAUCGAAGAUCUUGCUCGUCGAGGCUGGCGGCGAUACGCGGGAUCGACCGGACAUUGCCAACUCGCAUGCUAUGAAUCUGGGUGUGCCCGAUGUGGACUGGCAGUAUCAGACGGUGCCGCAGAAGCAUCUCUCUGAUCGGUCUGUGCUUUUCAAUGCCGGCAAGGGGCUUGGUGGUGGCACCUUGAUUAACGCAGGCGGAUGGACUCGAGGCGCCGCGGCUGACUUCAACGAGUGGGCCAGCUUGGUAGGCGACUCACGCUGGAGCUACGAGGGUCAAUUGCCGUGGAUGAAGAAAACGGAACGGUGGCUCAGCAAGGACGUCAAUGCCGAGCAGCACGGCUUCGAUGGAUAUAUGCACACCUGCAAUCUCGAGACAACGGGCCGCAGGUAUCCGCUGACGGACGCGAUUGGCGCCGCGUGGGACGAAGAGCUGAUGGGCGUGAAGCCACUCCCUGGCUUUGAUGCUAACGCGGGAAACAAUCUCGGUCGGGCAUUGGUGUGUGAGGCCUGGAACAGCGGAAAGAGGCAGUGGUCGGCCAGCGUGUAUCCGCUGGAUGGGGUCGAGAUCAUGACGGAAACCCUCGUGGAGAAGAUCCUGCUCGAAGCGAACAGGGAUGGCAAGCCCGUCGCUGCGAAGGGCGUCCAGCUGGCAGAUGGGAGCUGCAUCCGCUCGCACAAUGUAAUAUGCUGUGCCGGAGCGUUCAGAUCGCCACAGCUGCUCAUGCUAUCUGGCGUAGGACCCCCAGAGCACCUCAGCGACCACGGCAUACAGAAACUCGUGGAUCUCCCAGCGGUAGGCCAAGGCCUGACUGAUCACCCGCUCCUUUUCCAGCGCUGGCGCCUGCGCGACCCCGACGCGGGCUACAUGGUCGGCUCGGACAACCCGCUCUUCCAGCAACCCGAAUUCGGCCUCGGCCAGCCUUCGGAUUGGAUGGUGUUGACCACCGUGGCCCAGGGGGGUUUAGCACGGGCCAUUGAGAAAGACCAAGGCGCCGUCCCUGACAUGGACAAGCACCCGCUCCUUAGCUCGCCAAGGACAUUCAUCGAGACGGUAUCGAUGCACUUCAAGAUGCCCGGGCCAGACAUGCCCAUGGACGCUGCGCACAUGUCCACCGCCAUGUUCAACCUCUUGCCCACCUCGCGUGGCAGCGUCACACUGUCAUCGGACAAGAUCCAAGAUCCGCCUGUGGUCGACGUCAACUACCUCUCUACGGAGGUGGACAGGUACGUCUUCCGCGAAGCACUGCGCACGACUGCCAAACUCAUGCUGGGUACCGAGUUUGGCCGCGAAUACAUUGAGGGCGAGUCGGUUCCGCCUCCGCUCCAGCCGGCGUCGCUUGACGACACCGACGAGAAUCUCGACCAGAGGGUCAGGGCAGGCGCAACGUGUGGCUGGCAUGCAUCGGGCACUUGCGCCAUGGGCAAAGUGGUCGACACCGAGUUCCGCGUGUAUGGUGUCGAGGGGCUCAGGGUCGUGGAUGCUUCGGUGCUGCCCGUGCCCCUCAGUGCCCAUUUACAGGCUCCCAUAUACGCCAUGGCUGAACAGGCGGCUUCCAUCAUUGCUGGUCGGAGUUGA